AUGGCCGAGGUAAAUGAGCGUAUGAGGAAUGAAAAUCAAAGGAUGCAGCAACAAAUCGAGCAAUUAGUCAACACUCGCAUCGAGCAUAAUAACGAUCGUAAUGAGCGGCACACUGAUGAUGAGCGCCGUACACAUGUCUCGGAGACACCCCGAGAUGAUGAAGGCGGGGGUCCUCGGGAUAACGAAAAUACAGCCGAGGGUGAGGGGGACGAGCUUGACAAUUCUACAAGACCGUUCACAGCAGACAUCAUGAAUUUCCAACUGCCUAGACAAUUUUCUUUACCGACAACGUUAACUCUGUAUGAUGGAUUAGGAGAUCAAAAACAACACAUCAAGAAAUUCCAAUCAUUGAUCGUCAACGGUGCAUCUGACCCUAUUCUAUGUCGUUGUUUUCCAUCCUUUUUAGAUGGUCCUGCACUUGACUGGUUUUGCUCCUUGCCUGCAGAUUCUAUUUCGCGAUUUCAGGAGCUGGCAAAACAAUUCGAGGAUUACUUUGCGGCGUCUACCAUAUACUUGCACGAUUCUGACUAUUUGACGACCGUUAAACAAGGUCCUCAAGAAAGUCUGAAAGACUACAUUACCCGCUUUACGAAGAUAGCCAUAAGGAUCCCUGAUCUCCACCCUGAAGUCCACUUGCAUGCCAUCAAGAGCGGCCUUCGCCCCAGAAAAUUUCAGGAAGCUAUCGCGGCCCGAAAGGCUGAAAAGUCGGCAACCACCAAGGACGACGAAAAACCUCGGGAAAAUAGAAAGAGCUUUAAGCCUACGCCCCGCUACGAGUCAUACACGCAGUUUAAUGCGAAGAGGGACGAUAUUAUCAAGGAAAUACUAAAUUCCAAGUUGAUCAAACCCCCUCGAAAGGCCGGAAGUUAUCCAGAACCAAAGAAUGUUGACAAAUCUAAGUAUUGCACGUUUCAUCAGAAGUAUGGUCACACAAUCGAUGAAUGUGUGAUCGCAAAAGAUCUUCUUGAACGUUUGGCAAGGCAAGGGCAUCUUGAUAAAUUUAUUGCAGGUCAUAUGCAGAAGAGAUCCAUCCCUACGACAGAUCCAUCCCCUGUAGGAACCUCAUCAAAAGACAAGGAGAAGGUCCCCGCCCAACCCAGAGGCAUAAUUAACUGUAUUUCAGGGGGCUAUGCUGGAGGUGGACAUACAAGUUCGGCUAGGAAGUGCACGUACAGAGCUAUGAUGGCCCUUGGGGAUACCACCAACAAUCCUCAGCUAGCACAGAAGAUUCCCGAGAUGACGUUUUUCCUGACCGAUUUUAGUUGCAAUGAUGCAAAUUUGGAUGACCCUGUUGUCAUCUCCAUCCAGCUGGGCGACUUAAUAGUUCGGAAAGUGCUGCUGGAUCCAGGCAGCAACGCCGAUGUCUUAUUUUUUGCCACAUUUGAAAAAAUAAAACUAAGUACUAACAUUUUGCAACCAUCUGUAGGAGACUUGGUCGGCUUUUCAGGAGAAUGGGUUCCGGUCAUGGGUUCAGUAUGGUUACAAACCACACUAGGUGAGCAACCAUUAUCCAGAACGCAGGAUAUCCAAUACAUUGUGGUUGACUGUUUCAGUCCUUAUAAUCUUAUUUUAGGGCGACCUUUCUUAAAUAGAUUUGCUGUAAUUGUAUCUACAGUUCAUCUUUGUGUCAAGUUUCCUGUGCAGGAUGAUAUGGUGGCCACAGUUCAUGGUGACUUACAAGAAGCUCGGCACUGUUAUAACACAAGCUUGAAACCUAUCAAGAGAAACAACGAGCGGCGUGUAAACUCCAUAGGGGCCGAGCAACCAAUGCUAACCGAGCUGGAUCUCAGAGCCGACCUUCAUGAUCGUCCUUUACCCAAUGAAGAGCUAACAAAGCUUACGUUAACUGAUGAUCCCACCAAAUUUAGUUUUGUAGGAACGUCCGUGAAAAAUGAGAAAAAGGAAAAGCUUAUUCAUUUUUUGCGAUAG